AAAUCCCCUUUUCCCCUUUCGGCGCUAAUAAAUUGAAAAAAUGGAGAUAAAAUACUAAAGAUAUUAUGAGGCAUAUGUGCAAGCAGUAAUCUUCAGAUCUACUUCAACUCCAAGUCAAGAGCGGGAGAAGUUCAGAGAGGGAGUGAAAUCCUUAGUUGAGAUGGAUGAGAAGUUGAUACAGCGGUUGGAGUCGGCGGUAGCUCGACUGGAGGCGCUGCACACCGGCGGAUUUGGCCAUGGAACUUCGCGUGAAGUUGACGUUACUGCGGCGGCGUCGGAUCCAUCGAUCGUUGCAUUCGAAGAUCUGAUUUCGCAGUGCGUCGGGAGGCUGUUGAGUGCUGCUGAGAAGAUUGGAGGACAAGUUUUGGAUGCUACCAAGGUUGUAAAGGAUGCAUUCUCUGCUCAGAAGGAGCUUCUAAUCAAAAUCAAGGGAACUCAGAAACCCGACAUGAAGGGUCUCAGUGAGUUCUUGAAGCCUUUGAAUGAAGUAAUUAUGAGGGGAUCAUCUUUGACAGAAGGGCGAAGAUCUGAUUUCUUCAACCACUUAAAGGCUGCUACCGAUAGUUUAACAGCCCUGGCAUGGAUUGCCUACACAGGAAAAGAUUGCGGUAUGAGCAUGCCCAUAGCCCAUGUUGAAGAAAGCUGGCAGAUGGCUGAGUUUUACAAUAACAAGAUUCUUGUAGAGUAUCGAAGCAAAGAUCCAAAUCAUGUUGAGUGGGCAAAAGCUUUGAAGGAGCUUUAUUUACCUGGAUUGAGAGAUUAUGUUAAAAGUCACUAUCCUCUGGGCCCUGUAUGGAAUGCUACAGGGAAGACUUUUGUAUCUGCUCCAGCUAAAGCUCCUGGUGCUACUCCUGCACCUCCAGCUCCUCCCCCAGCUUCACUCUUUAAGACUGAAUCUCCUAAGUCUUCAUCAUCACGUCCGAAGCAAGGAAUGGCUGCUGUUUUUGAAGAAAUAAGUUCUGGGAAGUCAAUAACUUCUGGUUUGAGAAAGGUCACAAAUGAUAUGAAAACAAAGAAUCGAGCAGACAGAAGUGGCAUUGUUGGAGCUAGUGAAAAGGAAGGCCGUGUUAGUUCACCCUCAUUCUCUAAAGCAGGACCUCCAAAAUUAGAGCUCCAAAUGGGUCGCAAAUGGGUGGUGGAGAAUCAAAUUGGGAAGAAAAAUUUAGUUAUUGAUGACUGCGAUGCCAAGCAGUCUGUAUACAUCUUUGGCUGUAAAGAUUCUGUUCUGCAGAUCCAGGGAAAAGUUAACAACAUAACCAUUGAUAAAUGUACUAAGAUGGGAGUUGUAUUCUCGGAUGUUGUGGCAGCUUUUGAGGUUGUCAAUUGCAGCGGCGUAGAGGUGCAAUGCCAGGGUGUGGCCCCAACAAUUUCAGUGGAUAAUACAUCUGGGUGCCUGUUAUACCUGAGCAAGGGUUCUUUGGAGGCUUCUAUUACAACAGCUAAAUCCAGUGAAGUUAACAUUUUGGUGCCUGGUGCAGGGCCUGAUGCUGAUUGGGAGGAGCAUGCUUUGCCUCAGCAGUAUGUUCAUGCAUACAAGGAUGGCCAAUUCAUAACUUCUCCAGCCACCCACUCUGGAGGUUAAAAUGUUAAAUGUUUGUUCGGAUGAGAAGAGCUUCUUGCGAGAGUCCUGUGUACUUUGUUGUUAUUUGUAUGAAAAUUAUAUUUGUGACAUACCACAUUUUGAGAACAUUGUUACCCACCCGUCAGUUGUUUGGUGGAUCUUCAUGACAUUACAAUUUUUUUGGGUUAUAUCUCCAGAAUACAUAGUACAUAUUUGUUGUGUGUUCCUAAUUAAUUGAGUGGUGGUUUUUGGAAUGGUAAA